CCGACUGUACAAGUACAAGUAAACAAAGACAAUAGGGAAGGUGUGUCACCUGGGUCACUAUUCAGACUCAACACCAACAACCGACACACUCGAGAUCUCACUCUUCCGAGAUUCAAAUCGGGAUAGCAUGGUCCUUCCCGAAGCGAGACCACUACAUCUGCCCCUAUCCUCCAUUAUCCCACCUUCCGGUCCUAAUCCAGGGCCGCCGCACACCCUCCCCGUGCCCAGCUACAUUCUUGGCCCUCUUCCGCCCACGUCUCCUCUUCACUUGGCACUCCGUUACCUUGACCUGGCAGAUGACGCUACCAGAGAAGACUGCGCUUCCAAUGCAAGACAUGGCAGCAACAGCCAAGGCAGCAACAGCCAAAAUAUGACACGAGGUGAACACGAUGGAAAAGGCGCGCUAAACACACCUACCAGGGUUCUCCUAGUGACGGGACCUAAAGCAGCGUUUCAAGAUGCGAUUGAAAGUGAGGAUGAGAGAUGGUUCCGUGAGCACGGAGGGUGGAUGAGCGUCAUUCAAAAGCUGAAGAGGAUUGAUAUGAGAUUUUGUCCCUCUGCGAAACACCUUCAAUUACUCCUCACUCUACUCUCGAAGAAUCAAAGUAGGCAGGCCAACGCUGAUAGCCACACGUUGGAUGGCUGUCCCGGUUUAGUGAUCCUAUGGAAUGUGGCGGAGCUGUUCAUGGUGUCGUCUACUGACACUGAACUACAAGAAAACAAAGUAAAAGAAGACAAGAAUGGCAAUUCGCCAGGGUGCAGCAGUGGCAAGCAAUUCAACGCCAGUAUCUGCAUUUCUGAUUACCUCAAUGUACUUGCUGCCGCCAGAGAGACAGCCAAUCAUUUCUCUUCUAUCGACCCAUCGGGACUUUCGACUCAACUCGUGGUCAUGGAACCUAACUUGACAGCUCAUUCCAGUCUGCCGGUGCUUCCACCCAGUGCCCAGGGCGAAUCGUCCGGUGUCUCAUCGCGACAAGCGCCCAGGGAGAAGAGAAUAUUUGUUGUGGACGGAGCCAGGCACUUGAUGGGUGAGAGUAACGUGGCUGUGAUACAACAACAAGGAGAAGAGCAGGAGGUACCCACAGAAUAUGAGUUGACAGUAGGCCGUGCGCAAGGGACUUUUGCAAUGAAACGGCAACGUCGCAAAGGCGGAGAUUGGACAGCGCAACAAGACGAGCUGCACGGCUGGGAAUGGGAAUGGGAAUGAUGAUACAAUGUGAUCAUUACUUUCUUGCCCCCCACCAUCCCUUGCCGUAGCUGACCAGCACCUCAUCGCCUUUGCCAAUGCCGCCUCUGAGACUCCAAAUCUCCAUUCUCAGUUCCCCGCCUUCACCUUUACCAACUCGAAACUCGGCAUUUGGCCCGGCGGGUUUGACUCCUCGAUAGUCAUUAACGAAUCUCCCUGCAUUACCCUCUCGAGCUGCAUCUACACCUAUCGAUAUAUGCUGCCCAGGGAAGGGGUUUCUGAUGUCAGAGGAAGACAGUCGAAGAAGAGACAAAUCGUAGUCGCUUUCAGAAUGUUCAUCAAGGAUGGAGUCGCUUCCGUUGUCAGGUGUGAAAGUGACAUGGAUGAUACCAAGAUACGGGAUAACGAGUUCGUUUUCCUUGACUUUCUGUCUGGCGAAAAGUCCCAGUUGUCCAUAAGCGGGAUGUGAGACUUCAGCAAUCUUUUUGAUCUGGACAUGAGACGGAUGUUUGGUUGUUUGGGGUGUAAAACUGGGUGACGCAAUGAACGGGAGAAGGGAAGGAGGAAACUUCGGGGAAAGGCGAGGUUUAGACAAGUAGAUCACGGAAGCAGGCCAAUUGGGAGGAGGUGCGGCAUCAUGGCCUUUGCUUGGAGGCAUGUUUACGCGAGGGUUUUGGUAAAUCAGAAGGCGAUGAUCAUGGACUGAUUACGACGACUGCACACAGUACCGUACUAAGGAUUACUCUGGGAGUGGUAUCCUUUUGGUCCAGUAGGACGAGAACAUCAGCAUCAGCACUUGUUACUGAUGGCAAAUGACCGGCUUAGAUUAUUUGCUUACUACCUUUUCA